UUUUCAUCUCGCGUUCAAGUUGCUCGUCCUGUACUUCAAAGACACAGCAACAUCUUACGUCCGACCGGCGUCAAACGAUUUGGAACAGAUUCACGAACGGCAGCUCGCGUUCCUAGUAAACGAAUCCAUUAGAAUGAGAGCGCGAUUGUAUAUCAACGCGUUUCUAUAUGACUACCACAUUCGUCAGGUAGGAUUGACCUUCAUGAAGCCAUCGACUGAGAAGCCCUGCUUCUUUGGCGCGGACUUGGUGAACAUUUUACAAUGCAUAGCUGUUCACUACGAAGACCCCCCGGAGCACGCGCAAAACUACCUGUCGGUCUUCAACGUGUCGGUUGUGUUGCCGAGUGCAAAGCUGUCACCACUCGAAUUUUUUAGGUUUUGCUCCAAAUCUGCAGCUGAGUUUCAAAUAUUCGACACUAGUGAAAAAGAUGUGUCUCCCGGAUUUUACAUCGUCUCUGGCCGCCCUGAUUUGUCACGUAAGCCGCCGGACUCACCUGAGACGCACGGGAACAGCUACAUCGCUGUUAUGUUGCUGUCUAAAAAUGCAGAGGGCAAAAAGCGCUCAUCAAUUGUGGUCAAUCCAGAAUAUAACGUCUGCUACAAUACCGCCAAAAGCAGACUGCGCGGCAGCCUGAAUGACAACUUUUCUACAUCUGCGGUCUACCAGCGAAAAGACUCCGCAUACUUGACCGUAUCUACGUUUGUGCUGCGCGUAGCGAAAAGCAACACUCUUCCCUCGACCUGGCCUAGUUACGUGGUGCCUCCUUCUCCGUCUGUGCUUUCACGCCUUCCGGUUCGAGGGCUUUCUUCAAUACAGUCUGACUCUCAAGAUUACCAUGGCCUCACUAUUUUCUCGCGAGCUGCAGUAGACAAGUUGAAUGCCCUGAUUCAGCGGUCUUUUAUUGACAGCGAGCGCAAUGCCCUUUGGACAAAGCUAGUCAAUGACUAUUUGGACUCUUCCUCUACCAUGAACGAUGAGCAGCUGCACCGCUUAUUGACGUUGUUCGCGCGCAGCCCCGUUGAGAUUUUCGAUUCUCAACUUCCGUUCAUCUUUUCUAGUUGGCCUAUCGACUGGUUCAAAGUGCUCUCCGAGUUUUUAUUGGCCAGUGGGCCCUGCAGGGCCCGGAGCCUCAGCAUCGACGGCUCCAAGCACUUGCUGUAUUUUGACCCGGGUUACGCCGACAGUUUACUUCAGCUGGUUUCUUCUGCUGAAGAGAAGUUCGAAAUGUUCGUUAUACAGCGCGAAGCUUCGAUUGCCGGUGGAAGUGGUCAACGUGUAUUCGGCAGCGCCUACAUUUCGGACCUGAUUAACCAGAUAUGCUAUUCCUUGUGGAGGAGCAUGAUACUAAAGCUAAAGGAUCGGCCCUAGAGUCGUGGGGACAAUUUUUACGCGUCGACAAUAUCCGUUAUCUUUUUAUUUCUUACACAAUUCUUUUUCGAUGGAAAGUGUACUCGCAGAAGAAAACAGCAAAAAUAGACUGUAGGGCGUUGCCGGAGACUUCGAGAUCAAGCACCACUCUUUGAUCAGAUACAACAAUUUAUCUCUGCUCAGUCCGGCCCACGGCAGGCCUCUUUCGAUGCACAUUUCUGUUAAUUCUUGGUCCGUCGCCUCGUCAAAAUCGAGAAUCGAGAUUAUCUGUCCGUUUCUCUGUUAGUUAUUGCAAUAUGUCAGCGCUAUCGCGAACGAACGUCGUACCUUAUCUGAAUGUGUCAGUUGGCCCAUAUGCUUAGACGCUUGAUAUAGGAGCAGAGGUGUGGGCAAGACACGAAUCGAAGACAAUCCGAACAACCUGCACGCAGAUAACAACUGGCUGUGUUUCCAUUCCAUUAUAUCGAAGUGCUUGGCGAAUUGACUGUUGUUGAACGACGCGAUGUGUUCAUGUCCUAUCAACGCUCGGUUGUCGAUCUUUUAUGGCGCUUGCUUAUUAAAAAACUUGACAUUUCAAAAACUAGCAAUUGUUGGCCUCUCUCAAAGGCGAAAUACAUACACGUUUCAACAGGUUCUCUAGACCGAAGAUUUGGGAUGGCUGAUUCAAUUGCUCUAUUUCCCUUUUGAAGAACUCAAUUAGGUCUAGCGCCGCUUGUUGUCGCCGCUUUUUUAAAUUGUUCUCAAUUAUGUUCUAGAGAAUGAAAGAAGUCGUCAGUUUACCUUCCAAGUCCGCAAAAACUGAGUUGGCGUACAUUAAGAUACGCUGUCCGAUAGGCCGUGGGUAAGCUAUUUGGGAAAAGGGUCAUCAAGCCAAUCACCAAUAACAAGGAUCCUGGAAGAAAUUGGAAUACGACGUAAGGAACCAUUUUCUGUCCAUUUGAAAACCCUAUUAGUAAAAUCUAAAAAAACGUCUAGGA